UUCAUGAUUGUCAAGUCGCCGCACCUCAACAACGCAAUCCGGGCCGUCGUCGACUACUACCCGGCCAUCGACCUGCAGGGCUCCUCGAUCAGCAUCCCAGCGCCGUACCAGGUGCUGUACCACCACCGCGAUGCUCUCGCCCGCUACAAGACCAGGCAGCCCGAGACGCACGACUCCGAGUACGCCAUCACGACGGCCAAGCACAUCGACGUGCUGCUUAACUUCCUGGACCAGAGCUGGGGCCAGGAAAUCCGGGACGAGCAGGCCCUCCACCAGCGGGCCCUGCCCACUGCCACAAAUGACAAGCUCUGGAUGCUCUUCAAGCCGGGCGAGGUCGUCUUCAGCAAGUGUGCCGGCAAGUGGACUGCCUAUGUCGUCUCCCAGUUCCAGCUAGGUGCUCUCGUGGUGGGAGGCCACCCAUUGGCCCAUCGCGUUCAUGCCUGGAAGCUUACAUAUUCGGGUGACUCGUUCCUUCGUACCAUGCACGAGCUCAAGAUUGAGGCGUUCCGGGGCGAGCAGGCCAUCACCAACCUCGCCGUCAUCCCAGCGAGGUUCUUCCGCGGGGCUGAUGGGAAAGAGGAGCCCAGUGCUGUGCUCGCAGAGCAGGUCCGCCUGGGUAAGCUCGCCUGGGAGCUCACCAAGAGCCCGGCAUACAUGUCGUACGAGGGCAACCUGGCCACGCACGAGCGCGACGACGACGAAUGGAGUCACCCGACAAACACGACGGGCUUCAUGUCCGGCAGGGUCAUGGUCGAUUGUAACGGCCCCGACGGACCAGGCUACAGGGGAGAGUACGAAGUCCGGCGGCGCAGCAGCAGACCUCCUCGGCCGGGCGUUCGCGAGGUUCAUACCCCGAUCGACUCGCUGCCAUACUUUGCUGCUCGCUGUAACUGCGAGGCUUGCAGCAGCCGCGAGUCGGACUCUUCCCUGAGCCCAUUCGCCGAGUUUGAAGAUAUACGUCCCAAGGAUGACGAGAUGCCCACCAACGACUUGUACUUCGUAGCCAUCUACAAGGUCGUUGACGGCUUCAUCUUGGGCGAGAGGCGCUGGGCAUCUCUCAACGUCGACCAGCUGCGCGAAGUCGAGUUUGACCGGGAGGCUUUCAAGUUCCUCGUCCUCGACGAUGAGAUCAAGAUGACGGUCAAGGCCCUCAUUGGCAAGUUCGCAAGUGUGCAAGGCCGUGUCAGCCCCUGGCCCAACGACUUUGUCAGAAACAAGGGCCAGGGCCGCAUCUUCCUUCUUCAUGGCUCCCCCGGUGUGGGCAAGACCUGCACCGCCGAGGCGACGGCGGAGCUAGCCCGCCGACCUCUGAUCUCCUUGACUGCAGGCGAUCUAGGAAGGCACGGCCAGGGAGUCGAGCGAAGCCUCGACUAUUUCCUGAAGCUCGGAGAGCGAUUCGGCGCCAUUGUGCUUCUCGACGAGGCCGACGUGUACCUUGAGCGGCGCCGGACGAGCGACAUUGCCCGGAAUGGUCUGGUGUCCGUGUUCCUCCGCGCGCUUGAAUACUACCGUGGCGUGCUUUUCCUCACCACCAACCGCGUCGAGACUUUUGACGCAGCCUUCACCUCCCGGAUCCACGUCGCACUGCACUAUGGCCCGCUCACGGACGAGCAUCGUGAGAAGAUCUGGCUCAACAGCUUCGAGCGGCUUGAACGCGACAGCGAAGGCAAGGUCCAUAUCAGCGUAGCCACACGCGAAUACGUCUACGAUAGUCGGGACGUCCAGUCGCUCAGGUGGAACGGCCGAGAGAUCCGCAAUGCCCUCCAGACCGCCGUGGCCCUAGCAGAGGCUGAAGCACUUGCUGCCAGCCACAGCAAGAUCACGGUCACUGACAAGCACCUGCGCGCAGUGGUCAAGAUGAGCCGCGGAUUCAAGAUGUUCUCGGCCGAGCGACAGCGGCGUGGCAGCGUUAGCGAUGACGAGAUCGACAGUGAGAGGAACGACGAC